GCUUCAAAAACCUCACCGAAAUGCACGAAUGAAAGUGCAAGAUUCUUAUUGUGAGGCCGUUACGCGGUAGAAUAAUAGAACAUUGUGGCAAAUACUGACGUGCCUCAGUGCCGGCCUAACCUACAUAUGUAGGUCUCGCAGUGGGGGUGGCUUGCAUUCAAGGUGGAUUCCAUUAUUGUCCGGUCAAUUAACAGGCAUUAUGCACAUAAAAAGAUACUCCCCAAUCUUGAUCUGACGCUGUGCCGCCCGCAAAUUGAUUAGAGCACAAAGCUGGUGAUGAUUUCACUAUAUUUGAGCACACAUUCGGUUACAUCUCGUUGAUAUUUCCUUUUCUAUAUGCCCUCGCGUUAGAAUUUUUUUUUUUUUUUACACCCAAAUCUAUUUCAAAUCUAUUUCCAAUCGUAUCUCAAUAUAGGCAAUUGCAUUCCGAACCUACAUCAUGCGUUUCCUUCCGUUGUCCCUCGUAGCCUCCUUCGCUGCCGGAGCCUUGGCUUCGAGUUCUCCCGAAUUGAAGAUUGAAGUGACCCUCCCCGUCGAAUGCGACCGAAAGACCGAGUCGGGGGACAAUAUCCAAGUACACUAUAGGGGCACGCUUGCUUCCAACGGAAAGAAGUUCGAUGCUAGCUACGAUCGAGGCACUCCUUUUAGCUUUAUGUUGGGGGGCCAUCAAGUCAUCCAGGGAUGGGAAGAAGGACUCUUGGGAAUGUGCAUCGGCGAGAAAAGGACUUUAACUGUCCCUCCCGAGUAUGGAUAUGGAAACCGGGGCGUUGGACCCAUCCCCGCCGGAUCUACCAUUGUAUUCGAAACGGAACUCAUUGGCAUCAAGGGCGUUCCUAAGCCUGAGUCCAUCGUUACAAAGGCAACCAGCAGCGCAAGCUCUACUGCUAGUGAAGCUGUCAGUGAAGCCUCUAGCGAGGUCAGCGAAACUGCUGAGAAGGCAACGGCAAAGGUGGCGGAGAAGAUUGCGAGCAAAGUCGAAGAGGCUGCUGAGGUCGUUGGAACCUUGCUCGUCGAUACCGAUGACGUUCAGGAGCACAAUGAGCUAUAAGUUGGUUCUAUAAGUUACUCGGCCGAGUAAUAGUAGUCCUUCGAUAUAAAUAUUUGUAGAUAACCAACACUUGACAACCUAUUAGGCGGAUCAAUAUAUGGUUAAUGUCUAAUGGCUGCGCCAUUUAUUUAAAUGCGCUUUUAGAUAGUUACUAUCGUAAGUGCGCGGGUGAUAUAGCCUAUUCUCUUAAUAUAUGUGUAUAU